AUCCUUGUCGCCUCCUGGAGUUCUGUACGGGAUAGGUCUGUAUCCAAGAAGUCUCCGAGCUGAAGCUAUACUCUCUUGACCAUAGAAGCCAGCCGUCUAUUUUGCAGUUUUUUUAUCAGGUCGAAGGGUGGAAGGAGCUAACUUUCUUAGCUAUUGAAACAACAACCUGUUGAUUAUUGCAGUUGUGUUUUUAAUUUCUUACGCCAACGCGGAAGUCAACGUUGGGAACGUCUCAACCAACAACACAGGUAUUUAGCCACAUAGCCUUGGCGUAAACUAAGAUUUGUUUUAUGUUAAAAACAGUAAUAAGUAAACAAAUGGCAGCGAGCAGCUCAAAACGAUUGAAGGUGUGUCAAAUGGCCCGUCAUCAGAUUUUCAGAAUUUGAGGUUAUUGAUCCAAAUGGCCUGCGUUUGAAGAGACUUUGACCAUGUUUACCUCCGAGUCAUACGUUUCUGUGUUCACCAUUCCAGCCACCGUGGAAGUUGUUUGUGCAAGCUUUAUUUGUGAGAAAGUUCACAGGACACCAGAAUGACUCCCCCUACCCAUGUAAUCGUGGUUGGAGCUGGAAAUCGAGGGGACAUUUACUCUCAGUAUGCAUGUGUCCACCCUGAUCGCAUGAAGGUUGUGGGUGUUGCUGAUCCGAGAAGAUUUGCCCGCACUAAACUUCAACAACAGCACAAAAUUGAAGAUGAAAACGUAUUUACCGACUGGAAAAGUAUAGUUGAGAGAGAGAAGUUUGCAGAUGCAGUGUUGAUUUGUACUCCAGACUGCCUUCACAAGGAACCUGCUGUGGCCUUUGCCAAGAAAGGCUACCAUAUUCUGCUGGAGAAACCAAUGGCUACAAGUGUUGAAGACUGCACAGCGAUUGUGGAGGCAUGCACACAGGGCGGUGUGAUGCUCUCAGUGGCUCAUGUUCUGCGUUAUGAUCCUUUAAUCCACAUGAUAAAGGAGCUGAUAGAUGCCGGUGCUAUAGGUGAUGUAAUCCACAUUCAGCACUUUGAGCCGGUUGGGUUCUAUCACUUUGCACACUCAUUUGUCCGGGGUAAUUGGAGGAAUGAAGCAGAGAGCUCUUUUGCUCUUUUGGCAAAGUCAUGCCAUGACAUUGACCUGAUACAUCACUGGGCAGGGGCACGCAGAUGUGUGAAGGUAUCAUCAUUUGGAUCUCUCAGCCACUUCAGGAAAGAAGACAAGCCAGCUAAUGCUGCCGAUCGCUGCAUGAACUGUCCAAUAGAGCAAGACUGUCCGUACUCAGCAUGCAAAAUCUAUCUGGAUAGAGUGAAACAGGGUCACACUAGCUGGCCUGUAUCAGUCAUAUGCCAAAGCUCAUUACCAGACAUUGAGACAGUGACUGAGGCUCUGAAGAAUGGACCAUAUGGGCGCUGUGUGUACGAGUGUGACAACGAUGUAUGCAGUAACCAGGGGGAGCUGUCUUAUGAUGGCCAUGCGGUACAUGUGUUUGACUUUCUGACCCAGAGAUCCAAAAAGCACACAGCAUACAGUAAUGCCCCCAAACAGUUUGCCAUGAGCGGACACGGCGAAGCAGACUACCACCUUAUAGAUGCCUUUAUUUCUGCUGUGGCGAACAAUGAUCCAUCGCUGAUCUGCUCGGGUCCAGAGGAAACACUGAUGAGCCAUUUACUGGUGUUUGAAGCAGAGCGUUCACGACUGGAGAGCAGAGUGGUGUACUGUGGGAUCCAGAGCUAAAGGCCUGAAAAGGAGUUUUUCAUUCAGAUGAUUUCACCUAAAAAAUAACUAUAACACAAAAAUGAUACCUGAUUAGUGUUUUAUGACACAGAGACCAAAUCAGGACUAGGACCAAAUGUAUGAUAUGGAUAUCCUCUUUUCACCAGUUCCUUUACAACUAACUCAAUUCAACUCUUCCAGGUUGAGGUUGCCACUGCAGUGCAGAGGUUUGAUCAAAAAUGAUGUUUCUUUCAGGCAUUCAUCAAACCAGAAAACACUAAUAGCCUCUAACACACACCCAACUUGUUUACAUUUACCACUGAUCCUUCAGAAUUACAUCUAAUGAGCUCCAUGCACCAUUGUUAUAGUGCAGAUGUUGCAACAGUAGUGUUCAUUUUUAAAGCUAAGGGGGUUAUUCUGAAAUAUUGCAACACACAGUCUGUUGAUUUCCUGUUCAUGUGGGUAACAUUGAUUGACAGCCCACACACAAUGGCUAAUGUUUUUGUAGAGGUAAAGGAAAGACUGUUCUCAGACAUUGUUAGCAGUUUUUUCAGGCUGACCUGUUAUAGGAGUCAAGUCACAAUUCCUUUGACUCAAUUUACUUGCAUUUAUUCUGGUAUAAGGAACAACAUUAAAGAAUGUAUGUACAAAAGGACCUUACUCGACCAAUCAUUACCAGUAAAUAAAUCUUGUUACAA